AUGGCGCCAUCGCCGCUGUGCUCCGCUUCCCCACGGCCGCUUCGAGCCCCAGGCCAGCCUCCCCGAGGCAUCCGCCCGCCGCGGACGGUCGUCGUGGCCGCGGACACCCGUGUAUUGACCCGUGUGAGCGGAGCGGAAGCCCGCGCGUCGCUGUUGCUGGCCCUGGCCUCGCAGGCGCUCUCCGCCUCGCAGCGCCGCUUCGCCGACCUCGCCGGCGAGGCCGCCAAGUACGCCUUCCCGUCCCGCCGCUUCGAGCCCCGCACCCUCGAGGAGGCCCUCAUGUCCGUGCCUGAUCUCGAGACAGUUCCGUUCCGCGUCCUGAAGCGCGAAGCAGAGUACGAGAUCAGAGAAGUGGAGUCAUACUUCACUGCUGAAACAACGAUGCCCGGAAGAUCUGGGUUUGAUUUCAACGGAUCAUCUCAGUCAUUCAACGUGCUGGCAUCUUAUUUAUUCGGUAAGGCUACUUCAUUAUCAAGAAAGUGA